AGACUUCAUUCGGGCCCAUAACAUGCGAUAAGAAAUGAUUUCCCCGUCCAAAAUAAUACAAACCAUAACAGAUUUUUUCCUGGUAGCAUCCUGACAGCAACGCCCUGCAUCCCAGACCGGCGUGCGUACCACACAGACGCACCAACCGGUAAGAGCAUAACAGAGGCUUCUAUAUCGAGCUGCUGAUGAUGCUGUUGAAGCAUCUGCAGCACUAUUUGGAUGUUUUUGUUUUUAUUCCGGAUGUCAGACAUUGAAAAGCAUCGUGUGCAUCACUGAGGAAGAUGUUUGUGCCUGUUUCGAAGCGGGAUGGAUGGAUUUAAUGAGAGGGGGGGGUAUUUUAUCGAGGAAAAACAUGACAUGCAUCCUGUUCCCCUGACGAUUCUCUGGGAUGCAGUCAUAGUUUGAGGCCGGACAUGAUUUUAAUCUCAGGAGUUGCUGUAGUGGAUGCGGGAUGAUGUGCGCCGCACCCCGAGAGAUAUUGAUAAGGAGAACACAGCUCGGUCCUUUCAUGCCUCGCAACCCAUCCGGAUUUUUUCUGGACUGUGGCGCACAGUGACCAUCUUGUGUCUUCUUCUUUUUUUUUUUUAAUGCUUGGUAGAGACUGUUUGGCGGGACCCUCUGAUGUGGAGGAAUUGUGCAGCUUUGUCUGAAAGGAUCCACUGAGCACUGUUGCUCUUAUCCAAAGAGCAGGGCUGAGCUUCUCACCUGGUCAUUUCAACACAAUAUAAGAAUCUUUCAGAAUGGCUGAGAAGACGCUGGAGCAGAGCUCGGUCAGCAUCCCCAUGGAGGAGACCAAACUCCACAGCGGGGCUCCCCAGGAGCCCCUGCUCACCCACCUGAAGAAAGUGGAGAAUCACAUCACUGAGGCUCAGCGCUUCUCCCACCUCCCACGCCGCUCGGCCGUGGACCUAGAGUUUAAUGAGCUCUCUUACACCAUCCGUGAAGGUCCCUGGUGGCGCAGGAGAGGUUAUAAAGCCCUCCUCAAGUGUCUGUCAGGACGAUUCAACAGCAGAGAGCUGAUUGGCAUCAUGGGUCCCUCUGGAGCUGGGAAGUCCACUCUGAUGAAUAUUCUGGCAGGAUACAGGGAGACGGGCAUGAAGGGCCAGAUCCUGGUGAACGGUCGACCACGGGACCUCAGGACCUUCAGGAAGAUGUCCUGUUACAUUAUGCAGGAUGACAUGCUGCUGCCACAUCUUACAGCGAGGGAGGCCAUGAUGGUCUCUGCAAAUCUGAAACUCAAUGAGAGUCAGCUGGUCAAAAAGGAACUUGUGGAUGAGAUCUUGACUGCUCUGGGUCUUCUGGAGUGUGCACAGACACGCACUAACUCUCUCUCCGGUGGCCAAUGUAAAAGACUAGCCAUCGCCCUUGAGCUGGUCAACAAUCCUCCUGUCAUGUUCUUUGAUGAGCCAACCAGUGGUCUGGACAGCGCAUCCUGCUUCCAGGUCGUUUCUCUCAUGAAGUCUCUGGCUCAGGGAGGACGGACAAUCAUCUGCACCAUUCAUCAGCCCAGUGCCAAGCUCUUUGAGAUGUUUGAUAAGCUGUACAUUCUCAGUCAGGGUCAGUGCAUAUACAAGGGCACAGUCCCAUACCUCAUCCCAUAUCUGAAGAACCUCGGCCUCCACUGCCCCACAUAUCACAACCCAGCUGAUUUCAUCAUUGAGGUGGCAUCAGGGGAGUACGGGGACCUGAACCCAGUGCUGUUUGAGGCUGUCCAGGGUGGAUUGUGCUCGGAGGAGGGCAAGAAGAACUCCAGAGAUAAAAGUGACCCUUCUUGUAACUCUCAGUGUCACAGUGACACAGGAACUCUUGAGAAACACAGCUUUGCCACCAGUACAUUCACACAGUUCUGCAUCCUCUUCAAACGGACCUUUGUCACGAUAUGCAGGGACACGGUACUGACCCACCUCAGGGUGAUGUCCCAUCUGUCUAUUGGAGUACUGAUUGGCCUGCUUUAUCUCAAAAUUGGAAACGACGCCAGCAAGGUCUUUAACAACACCGGCUUCCUCUUCUUCUCUAUGCUGUUCCUCAUGUUUGCUGCCCUGAUGCCCACCGUCUUAACUUUUCCUCUGGAGAUGUCUGUGUUUGUAAGGGAACAUCUCAAUUAUUGGUACAGCCUUAAGGCCUACUACUUGGCUAAGACCAUGGCUGACAUACCGUUUCAGGUGAUUUGUCCAAUUAUGUACUGUAGUAUAGUGUACUGGAUGACUGAACAGCCUCCAGAGGCAGGUCGCUACCUGCUAUUUAUGGCCUUGUCUACAUCAACAGCCCUGGUAGCCCAGUCCCUAGGCCUGCUUAUAGGUGCUGCAUCCACCUCUUUGCAGGUGGCAACGUUCGUGGGACCAGUCACAGCCAUACCUGUGCUUCUUUUCUCUGGGUUCUUUGUCAACUUUGACACCAUCCCCAAAUACCUACAGUGGAGCUCUUAUGUCUCCUAUGUCAGGUACGGAUUUGAAGGGGUGAUUCUUUCUAUCUAUGGGAUGAACAGGUCGGAGCUGGAGUGUCCGGGCCUUUCGUGUAAGUUUCAGAAACCAGAGGAGGUCCUACAGUUGCUCGAUGUGGAGAAUGCAAAGCUCUACGUGGACUUCAUGGUGCUGGGCGUUUUCUUCUUGGUUCUCAGGCUGGCGACAUACCUGGUCCUGCGCUACAAAGUCAAGUCAGAGCGUUAAAAUAUCCAUAGGGAACAGUAAUGGACUUGGAAGCUCAUACAUAUGUUGGAAGAGUGAGAUAGUAAGCAAACAUAUAGUCUCUCUUUUUGUCUCUGUUUCAUAUUCAUGUACAAAAGACAUGCACAUAAAAUCAUCUGAAAGCUGUGCUGCACCAUUACCCAGACUGUACAGUAUAUUAUCUUCCAAGAGUUUCAAGAAAAGGGAAAGUGUAGAUUAUGGAGUGUCUAUUGCUGAAUACAACCCUCCAGGUGUAGGGUUUUUUCAUCAUUACUGUCCAAAAAUAUUACAUAUCUGCACAACCUGUGAACAAAAUACCAUAAACAAUAACAUAAAGCAUGUUUCUGAAAACUGAGAAACUUUAAUGUGAAAUUAUUUGGAGGAUUCUUGGACAUUGCCACGUGUCAUAAGAGCUACAAUCCUGGGGUAAUGCUGAGCCAUAGUCCGUUACAUUUUUGGUUCAGCGUCCUGUGUCCUGCGUCCUGUCACAUGUCCUAAAAAAUGAACACAUCCACACACACAUUUUCCACAUCAGAAGUCCAUUAAUUGAUAAGCGGACUACAAUCCUCAAGAUGCCCCCAAGAUUUCAGGCUGGAUACAUUCAUUUUGCUAUCAGGAGAAGUGGAAACUUUCUGUGCCAGAAAACUUGCUGCUUCUCGCUCUCCUGUGGAAUCAUCUUAUCAGAUGUCCUUAACAAGAUGCAAAACACAGCGGAAUAUAACCGUUACCAACCGACUGCCAGUGGAUGACUUUCCUGUCUUGCCAUCUCCAUUGAGGAUCAUUUUCACAGUCUCUCUUUCCUACCUUUGACAGUGGUAGAACAAUCAGACAUAUCUGAAGUGUGGAGAUGUCAAGCAGCGUGUCUCAUUAUGAGCCAGAUAUGGAUCCACUCUGCUGCAGUACCUGGCCUGUAACUCCUGACUUCAGUGAAAUAGAAUCAUGACAAGGAAACUAAUGUGAAAGAAAGCAAGACUGUUGAUUUCCACCCUGAAGGUGAUGUUAGCAGAACUGGUUACAGUGAGCUUCAGGUGAAGUGCAAUAGCCUGUGUUAUGUAAAAGAAAAAAAAAGUGGUAGUUGGUGUCACUCUUCUUUGACACAAUUCUUUGAACUGCUUGUUUCCACUCAUUGUAUGACUCUUUAGCUGUUUCCUUCCCUCAGCUUCAAAAGAGAAAAUGUCCUUUUCUCUCUCUUUCUCUGCUUUGCUGAUGUCUGACAGAUGUGUGUUGUCCAAAACAAUGCUAGAUACUUGAAAUGCUGGCCAGGCAGUUUUUGUGCCUCUGAACUAGAAUGAUAUGAGUUUCCUCUGCUUCAGUACUCAUCGUUUGCACAUACACCUUAUGUCAACAUACAUGCUGCUUUACACACACACACACACACACACACACCUACACACCUACACAAACACCUACACACACACACACACACACACACACACACACACACACACACACACACAUAUUUGCACACACAGUUACAUAAACACACACAAACACAUAUUCACCCUUGGCAAUGUUUAGAGGAGCCUCUCCUGUCACAAGGCAAUGCAAAUAUUUUCCAAUAGACUUGCUAUGAAAUAUUUCUUACUUAAACUAUGCUACUUAGUAAUCCUUAUUAUAAUGCAUAAAAUGUGAGUAUAUAAUCAAUGAUUGUACAGUUAAUAUGUUAUGCUGUAAACAAAUGUACAUUUGCACUUUUAAAUGUAUGCUUAUUGUUUUUUAUUUAUUUGUAUUUAAGUUUAUUUUUCUAUAUCUAUGUGACGAGUGCUGCUUGAAAGUAUAACGGGAAAAACAGCAACUGAAUGUUGCAUGUUCACUUUAGGAAUGAAAUUUAUGAAAUAUUAAAUUUCAGGCUAUAGCAUAAUGGUUUUAUUUCCUCAUACAAAUGUAUGUAUUCUGUCAUGUUUGAGGAAAUGCAAAUCCUCUGCUUUCUGCUUUAAAAUAUGUGGAAUAGAGCGAGUUAGUGGUGUAGAUUAAAAAGAACAAGAUGUUGAAGGUAAUAUAGAAGUAUGUGAUGUGUGCUAAAAGAAGAAAGCAAGGAUAAUGAACCACAGUAGUCAACCAAAUGUAUUGUUAUGUAGCCCGUGGUCAGUUUGCCUGUCGCUCUACAAAAGAAGUGGAAAAGAAAGCUGACCAUUGAUCUGAUUAAGUCAUUAAUAGCAAUAGUCAACAUUGUGAUUUGUACAUGUUACUAUACCUCCUACUGCUAUGGCAUCAGUCAGUCUGUGUUUUUAUAUUAUGAACUUAAUUUGACUAUGUGUUCAUUCCACUUCCAUUGUGUGCAAUAACCAUCUAAAGGUGUUUCAACUCUGUAAGAACACUUUCAUGAAGGGAAUAUGACUAGGCAAAAUAUCUUUUUUAUCUGUUCAUUUUCACUGGGUCUCCUGAAGUAAAACAGGCUGAAACAGUUUGUGGUAUGAUCCCUUUAAGGAUUCAAUUAAAAUGACAAAUGCAGGAAGCUAACAGUGAGAAAACUGAUGGAUUAUGGAUAAGCUAAAGCCACUAGAGAGGGGAUGCUGUUUUAAUGCCAGAUGCUGUCAAGAUUAUUGUUCAGAAGUUAUCAAGUAUGAAGUGCAGGAUGUGGAAAAUACUGUAGAAAGUCAGGUUUACUGCCAACACAGAAGAUGUAUAUGUUUAUAUAACAAAAGUCAUGUGUUGGUUGCAAUGGGUAUUCAAGAAAAAUGCAGAAAAGAGCUCCAACCUACAAACAAAGCAAAGUAACACACUAAGCAGUUUGAGAACGUCCCAACCUUGCAAGGACCUUUGGUACCAAAGAACAAAACAAAUCAUUAAUUCUCUGCUGUAAUUUGUGAAAUAAUAGAGGGCACAUCUCUCUGAGAGAUUACAUUGUCCAGGGGAUGUGACCAAAUAUGGUGUUCUGAAAAGACACUCACAAAUCACUUUUUUUCUGAAGUUGCCUCUUGAACAGCAGGACCAUUUGAGAAGUCUCUGCAUUAAAUAUCUGACUGAAGACUGCUUACUUUUCCCCUGAACAUACAUUCUGUCAUUCUAAAAUUGUCACUGUUACUUAGAUAUAUUUGUCACUGUUCCUCUCAGGACAGGGCAGCGUUCUGUCAUUUUCUACCAGAUAUAAUGUUAAGUGGAGAUACCGAACCAAGUGAUUUUGAUUUUAAUUGGAUAUAAUGUAGGCACAGUUUAUACAAAAAACUUUUUUUUUUUCAUUUUACAUGACACUUUUGUUUAAGCUGUUCACCGUUUCAGCUGUUUCUCACACAACACUAGACUUUGUUGCACUUUAUCAUGCAUGAUAAAUAAAACUACACAGGCUAUCCCUACUGAGAGCUAUGACUGUCUGACUGAUGGAAAAAUAAUAAUGGGAUGGAGAGCUGUUUCACACAGAUUGUCUUUUUUCUGGUCUGUUAUCAUUUGUCAUUUACAGUUUGGUUUCUCAACUGAAAAAAUGCAAGUUCUGUGUACUGAACGCUGUUCCAACGAUUAUAAUAAAAUAAUUUAUAACCUUUG